AGGGUGCCGGAGCCCGGGGCUGCUCCGCGCYGCGUAGCGCCGGGCCGCAGGGCUCAUGUAAUCAAAGGAGUUUCUUUGUUGUGUGUAUCUUUUCAGAACACAACAGGAAUUCAAAAUGAACCAGAACACAAUUGAAUCUAUUGGCACGGUGGAGACCUUGGCUGAUGUACCUGAGCAUGUGCUUCGAGGGCUUCCCGAGGAUGUGAAGCUCUUCCCAUCUGCUGUCGACCAGACAAGGCUUGGUGUUUGGGCAACAAAAUCAAUUUUAAAAGGCAGGAAGUUUGGUCCAUUUGUUGGUGACAAGAAAAAAAGAUCUCAGGUUAAAAGCAAUGUGUACAUGUGGGAGGUAUAUUACCCAAACCUGGGAUGGAUGUGUGUUGAUGCAACUGAUCCCAAGAAAGGGAACUGGCUGCGAUAUAUAAACUGGGCUCGUUCRGGGAAGGAGCAAAAUCUAUUUCCUCUGGAGAUAAACAGGACCAUUUAUUACAAGAGCUUAAAGCCAAUCGCGGCGGGCGAGGAGCUGUUGGUGUGGUACAAUGGGGAGGACGACCCGGAGAUAACCGCCGCUAUAGAGGAAGAGCGAGCAGCCAGCGCCCGCGCCCGCCGCCACUGCCCGCGGGCCCGCAGAGGCAAGAAAAAGGCUCAAGAGGGUAAAAACAAGGGAAAGAAGGCUUCGGAUACAAAGCAGAAAAAGACUGAUUUGGAUUCUACUUCUGCAGAUAUGAGGGAUUCUAAAGAGGGUCCUAAGGAGGAAGAUGAAAAGCCUUCCGUUUCUGCUGUGCUCUCCGUGGAACAAACGGCUGUGAUUCAGGAAAUGGUAAAUCAAGAUGUACUUCCUAAGUUGAUGAUCCCCAGUCCCACCGGUGAGUCGCAGAUGAUAACUGAAGACACCCAAGGAGCAUCAAUAAACUGUGGAUCAGAUGGAUCAGAUCAUUUCAAUGAGGAUGAGGAAGAGGAGGAGGAGGAGGAGGAGGAUGAAGAUGAGGAAGAUGAAGAGGAUGUAGACGAUACCAGUAUGCCUAAAGAGAAUGCUGAAAUGCCUUUGAUAUGUGAAGAAAAGUUAGAUUCUAUGGAAGAGCAGAAGAGUAUGUCAGAAGACUCUCCAGAAAGCUCUCCAAAGAAAACACUUGUUGUGAAAAUUCCAAAAGCAAAUGAUGAAUCCAAUGGUGAUGUCCAGGAAACAUUUAUGUUUCCCUGUCAGCAUUGUGAGAGAAAGUUUACAACAAAGCAAGGACUUGAGCGCCAUAUGCACAUCCAUAUAUCUACUAUUAACCAUGCUUUCAAAUGUCGAUAUUGUGGGAAGGCUUUUGGUACGCAAAUUAACCGACGAAGACAUGAGCGGCGUCAUGAGGCGGGGCCUAAGAGGAAACCUUUCUUAACACUAGCAUCAUCACAACACCUGGAUAAUGUUGGUGAUAACCAAGUAGUUAUCGAUGAUGGUCUUAAAGAUGACUUGAAUGUUACCGGUCUUGUGCAAGAUUCCGUAGUCUUGGAUUCUGAGARAGUCUCCCAAGAAAUUUCCAAAUCUGCUGAAGAAAAUAAGGAACCCAAAGAAUUGCAUCCAUGUAAAUACUGUAAAAAGGUUUUUGGAACUCAUACCAACAUGCGGAGGCAUCAGCGUAGGGUUCAUGAGCGACAUCUUAUUCCCAAAGGUGUCAGAAGAAAAGGAUUCUUUCCUGAAGAGCCACAACUUCAAACUGAGCAGGCCGCACCAGUCCAGAGUGUGUACAUAGCAAGCACGGAAGUGGAAGAGGACGGUGAAGUGGAUGAUGUUUAUAUUAUGGAUAUUUCCAGCAAUAUCUCUGAAAACUUAAAUUAUUACAUUGAUGGUAAAAUUCAGUCCAACAACAGCACUAGCAAUUGUGAUGUGAUUCAGAUGGAGUCUAACUCUACAGACUUGUAUGGACUAAAUUGUAUAAUCAGUCCAGUCACAGUGGAAAUUUCCCAAAAUCUAAAGGUUACGCAAACGCACGUGAAUGAACUUCCGAAAGAUCCCUCGAGCACUGGGAGCAAUGAAUCCAAAAAGAGGAGAACAGCCAGCCCUCCUCUUGUACCAAAAAUAAAAACUGAAAUAGACCCAGAACCUAUAACUCCUGCUAGCUCCUUAAAUCUUCCUCUUAGCAUUUCAACAGAGAACUUAACUUUUCAUAAAGAAAAAGGUAUUUAUUUGUCAUCAAAAUUAAAGCAGCUUCUUCAGACACAGGAUACUAAGAAGAUAAGUCCAUCAAAUGAAAUCCCUGAACUGGGACCCUCUGUUACAUCACCACCUAUUUUGCCUCCAGUAUCUAGUAGGUUCAAAAGAAGGACCAGCUCUCCUCCCAGCUCUCCACAGCACAGUCCAGUACUUCGAGACUUUGUUAAAUCAGGUGAGGGAAAAACUGUGUGGAAUGAUAGUAUUCGGAGUUCAAAAAUGCCAAAGUUAGAAAGCCACAGCAACUCACCUGCAUGGAGCUUGGCUGGAAGGGAAGAAAGAGAGACCAUGAGCCCUCAUUGCUUUGAAGACUAUAAAGCAUCUAAGGACUGGAUAGCAGCUCCAGCUUUUGGCAGUGUGUGCAACCAGCAGCCACUGGAUUUAUCUAGUGGUGUAAAACAAAGAGCUGAUCUUAAAAAUAAGAAUCAGGUUCCUUGGGAAUCUGUAUUAGACUUAAGUGUGCAUAAGAAGCCUUGUGGUGAUGCUGAAAUUAGGGAGUAUAAAGAAAAUAAUUCCCUACAGCCAACCUGUAGUGGUAUUAAAAAGAAGAAACCAAUAACUUGCAUGUUACAGAAGGUUCUGUUGAAUGAGUAUAACGGAAUGGAUGCAGCUAUGGACAGCACCCCCAGUGCAAACAGAAGCCCAAGCCCCAGCAAAUCCUUGGAACCUCAGGCAGAACCUGGCGUGGAUCCCGGUCUGUUUGCAUCUUCUGUUGAAACCCAGCCCCCUAGUUCUUCCGUCUCUCCUGUGCCACAGACAUCUGUAGCUUUAAUGUGCCAGCUGCCUCCUUUGCUGACACCAACAAACCCUCCUUCCCCACCACCCUGCCCACCCGUCUUAACGGUUGCUACAUCGCCUCCUCCCCUCCUUCCCACGAUACCGUUACCCAUUCCAGAUGCCUCUGCAAGUGCCACUAACACAUCCUCUUGCCCAUCACCCCUCUCUAACACUACUGCCCAGUCCCCUCUACCUGUUCUUUCACCUACAGUUUCUCCUUCUCCAUCUCCAGUUCCUUCUGUUGAACCUGCUGCCUCACCUGGUCCUCCUACUCUCUCCUCUUCCUCUUCGUCGUCGUCUUCCUCCUUCUCCUCCUCAUCAUCGUCUCCAUCUCCACCUCCUCUUUCAGUAGUUUCUUCUGUUGUUUCCUCAACCGAUAAUCUUGAAAAUASUCUCCCAAUUAUAAAGCAAGAAGAAACUGAUAGUGAACAAAAAUUAAGAGAAGAUCCUCAGACUUCAGCUGAAUCAGGAAUAGUGCAGGAAACGUUCAAUAAAAACUUUGUGUGCAAUGUUUGUGAAUCACCUUUUCUUUCUAUUAAAGACCUAACUAAGCAUUUAUCUGUUCAUGCUGAAGAAUGGCCCUUCAAAUGUGAAUUCUGUGUACAGCUCUUUAGGGAUAAAACAGACUUGUCRGAACAUCGCUUUCUGCUUCAUGGAGUAGGAAAUAUCUUUGUUUGUUCAGUCUGUAAAAAGGAAUUUGCCUUUUUGUGCAAUUUGCAACAGCAUCAGCGCGAUCUCCAUCCAGACAAAGAAUGCACACAUCAUGAGUUUGAAAGUGGGACUUUGAGACCCCAGAAUUUCACUGAUCCCAGCAAGGCGAACGCAGAGCACAUGCAGAGCUUCCCCCAGGACUCUCUAGACCUUUCUAAGGAGGAGGAUGAUGAAGAGCUAAAUGAUUCCUCAGAAGAGUUGUAUACUACUAUAAAAAUAAUGGCUUCUGGUGUAAAAUCUAAAGAUCCAGAUGUUCGUAUGGGCCUCAAUCAGCACUAUCCAAGCUUUAAACCACCUCCCUUUCAGUAUCAUCAUCGUAAUCCUAUGGGUAUUGGAGUCACUGCAACUAAUUUCACUACCCACAAUAUCCCACAGACCUUUACUACUGCCAUUCGUUGCACAAAAUGUGGAAAAAGUGUUGAUAAUAUGCCUGAGCUACACAAACACAUAUUGGCAUGUGCAUCUGCCAGUGAUAAAAAGAGAUACACACCUAAAAAAAAUCCAGUGCCACUGAAACAGACAGUGCAGCCAAAGAAUGGCAUGGUGGUUCUAGCUGGCCCUGGAAAGAAUGCCUUUAGAAGAAUGGGUCAGCCUAAAAGACUUAAUUUCAAUGUUGAGAUAAGCAAAAUGUCCUCAAAUAAACUGAAAAUAAGUGCAUUGAAAAAGAAAAACCAGCUUGUCCAGAAAGCUAUCUUGCAAAAAAAGAAAUCUGCACAGCAGAAGGCGGAGUUGAAAAAUAAUCCAUCYGAGUCAGACUCUCAUAUCUGCCCAUACUGUAAUAGAGAAUUUACUUACAUUGGAAGCCUGAACAAACACGCAUCGUAUAGCUGUCCCAAAAAACCCAUCUCUCCAUCCUCUAAAAAAAAUUCAUCCAAAAAAAGUGCAAGUUCUUCGUCAGCUGCAGGCACUGAAAAAGGAAACAACCAGCGUAGGCGAACAGCAGAUGCAGAAAUCAAAAUGCAGAGUAUGCAGGCUCACUUGGGCAAGACGAGAGCACGAACCUCAGGACCUGCGCAAAUUCAGCUGCCUUCUGCAUCCUUCAAAUCAAAACAGAGUGUUAAAUUUGUACCUCCAAUUCGAUCCAAAAAGCCAAAUUCUUCUUCAGCCUUGAGGAACUCUAGUCCCGUAAGAGUGUCCAAAAUGACUCAUGUUGAAGGGAAAAAAACUAAAGUGGUAGCCAAGAACAGUUCCUCUGGCAUCUCGAGCAAAGCAUCCCGGAAAUUGCAUGUCAGAAUACAAAGAAAUAAUAAAGCUGUUUUGCCAAGUAAGUCUGCUAUGGCAAGUAAGAAAAAAGCAGACAGGUUCAGUGUAAAAUGUAGAGAAAGGAUUGGAGGCCCUAUUACGCGAAGCUUACAGCAGGCGGCUAAUGCAGAGGCAGCAGAAAAUAAAAGAGAUGAAAGCAGUACAAAGCAAGAACUAAAAGAUUUCAGUUACAGGCUCCGCGUGGCCUCUAGAUGUCCCUCCUCCUCCUCGCAUAGCACCAGCAGCAGGCAAUGCAAGAGAUCCCACUGCACUGCGACUCCCGUCCUCAAGGAAUAGACCCUUCCGCAUGCGAAACAAAACAGAUGAGGUGAGACCGGUUCCUCGGUAGCCGAGAGGGACAGCGGUUUCCUCUGC